UGACCUUGAGGUGCGUUAAAAUAGCCUUCCACCACAAUGUGAUAACUUUCUCAGCUGUGUACCAGACAGGAGACACGGUACAUGGAUACUGAGCCGGUUGUUGUUGUGUUGGGUGCCAGUGCUGAGGGCGUGAAGACGACACAACGUUAUUUUAUACAGGAUGAGUUAUGGUGAUACUGUGAGAAGCUACUUGAGAUGUGUUCUUCCCAUCUGCUUUGACUUGUGGGGUUGGGUUACGGGACAACGAAGUCACAGUCGACAGGUCAUUCAUUACCGUAAACUGAGUGUUAAUGGAAAGUCCCCAGAAAGACAGAAAUGCACCCAUGGGUGUGUGUGUGUGUGUGUGUAUGUGUGUGUAUGUGUGUGUGCAUGCAUUGUACGUAAAAGACAGGUGCCAGUUGUAGGUCAUGGUGGUUCUACCGUUACCUGGCAGGAAGCAGCUUGUGGGACCUUCUAUCAGUUGACAUUGCGGAUGUAGAGUCGCGUAGAGGCAGACAACCCUGCACAGGCUACCAGUCGGCAGGCAGGCAGACAGCAGGCGGGUCGAUUCACCCAGAGGCGACUGCGCUUGGAAAGGCUGCCCUCGAGCUCCGAGUGCCGCCGGCAGGCAUCUUGCGAUUCCAUCCGAAAGUGCAGGAACAAAAGCUGGACUUCUAAGGAAACUUAUUCCUGAGUUCUUUGGACGAAGAGGGAGGGAUCACAAAAUGAGAAGUAUUUUCCUUUUCACGGUGUUUUUAGUUAUGUGGGACAUAACUGACUCACAGGAAGUUUUGGAUAUUAAGGCAGAAGAUGGUGAAGAUAAAAUUACGCUCACAUGUGUAAAUGGGGAGAGCUGGGAAAAACCUGAGGGCACUACCCAUGAAAAUGGUGAGAAAAUUGUGCUGAACUACAACGAUGAUGCCUCAGGAGAAUAUCAUUGCAAGGCUAAAGGCGACAAUAAACUGGCGAUUUACGUUAAAUUGCGAACUUGUGACAACUGCAUUCAGCUGGAAGUGGGGACCAUAAUGGGUAUCAUCAUCGGGGACAUUCUGGCCACCAUCCUCAUCGGGGUAGCUGUCUACUUCGUGGCCUUGCAGCCCAAGGCAAGGGGCUACGGCAGCAACUACAGCAAAGCAUCGGACAGACAGAACCUAAUCCAAAACCAGCAGAAUGACACCUACACGGCCCUGCAAGGCCCUUCGUCAGAAUACAGCAAACUGGAGAGACGGGCAAAUCGGAAAUAGAGAUCCGCUCCUUCUAAGUCAACGGCAACUUACUGUAACGUUUGGCUGAAUUUUAUGUCCCACAGUCAGGAGGAGGAAACAUUCUUUUAAUGAAAGCUGGAUUCAUAGGUGUAACAUGUUUACAGUAUACAUCACCGUUUUUUAAACAAAACUGUUACAUCUAUACGGUUCAUCCUCAUAACAAUGCAUUGUGUGUGUAUGUGUGUGUGUGUGUGGGGGGGAGAGAGGUUGGUUAGGGUGUUAGGGUUAGGCUGGAGAGGCUAUGUCCGCAGCUCUGAAAAUUUGUUGCAUCUGACAUUUUCUAUUUUUGGAUCCUAUAUACACAUAGAGUGCAAAACCACAGACACACACACACACACACACACACACAGAGAAAGGUUUGUAAUUAUAGCUUUGUGGGGACUCUCCCGCACACAUUACAACCUUAACCCCUACCCAGCCCUAACCUUAAAUAACCAAACAAAA